GAGGGGAGGAGAGGAGGAGAGCGGAGGCGCGUCGGGCCUCCUCACGAGUGAUUGGAAGUGUUGUAAUUUGAACAAUGGAUGAACAAUCUCAAGGCAUGCCAGGUCCUCCUGUUCCUCAGUUUCAGCCACAGAAAGCCUUACGGCCUGACAUGGGUUAUAAUACCCUAGCCAACUUUCGAAUAGAAAAGAAGAUUGGCCGUGGACAAUUUAGUGAAGUCUAUAGAGCGACGUGCUUGUUGGAUGGUGUGCCGGUAGCAUUAAAAAAGGUGCAGAUAUUUGAUUUAAUGGAUGCUAAAGCGCGUGCAGAUUGCAUCAAAGAAAUAGAUCUUCUUAAGCAACUGAAUCAUCCAAAUGUAAUCAAAUACUAUGCAUCAUUUAUUGAAGACAAUGAGCUAAAUAUAGUGCUGGAGUUAGCGGAUGCUGGAGAUCUUUCUAGAAUGAUCAAGCAUUUUAAGAAGCAGAAGAGGUUGAUUCCUGAAAGGACAGUUUGGAAGUACUUUGUUCAGCUGUGCAGUGCCUUGGAGCAUAUGCAUUCACGGCGGGUCAUGCAUAGAGACAUCAAGCCAGCCAAUGUAUUCAUUACUGCUACAGGAGUAGUAAAACUUGGAGAUCUUGGACUGGGAAGAUUUUUCAGCUCUAAAACCACAGCUGCACAUUCUUUAGUCGGAACACCUUAUUACAUGUCUCCAGAGAGAAUCCAUGAAAAUGGAUAUAACUUCAAAUCAGACAUCUGGUCCUUAGGAUGUCUCUUGUAUGAGAUGGCUGCAUUACAAAGUCCAUUCUAUGGUGACAAAAUGAACUUGUAUUCCUUAUGUAAAAAGAUAGAACAAUGUGACUACCCACCCCUUCCAUCAGAUCACUACUCAGAAGAGCUGCGACAAUUAGUUAAUAUGUGCAUCAACCCAGAUCCAGAGAAGCGGCCAGAUAUAACCUAUGUUUAUGAUUUGGCAAAACGUAUGCAUGCACACACCGCCACCAGCUAAAAGACCUGGCUGCUUAUGAAGACAAUAACAACCUAGAAACUUUCAAGUAUUGUUGUAUAAAUGCUCUUCCACAUUUUCUUCUAUUUGCCUAUUGCCUUAAAUUUAGUUAUGUGCAAUGAACAUAUUUAAACAAUUUUGUCAUGGUGUUUAUGACUGAAAACUACUUAUAUUUUUUAAAGAAUAAAAAUAUAUUGUGAAAUACAACAGUUUAAAAUAUGACUGGGAGUCCUUGCUAAUGGCGGGAAAUGGCAAUUUCAUGUAUAUUAUUAGAUGAGAAGUUGACAUAUGUUUCCAAUAUUUGGUACUUACAUAUGAAUGCUGCAAAUUUUUAUGUAAAUACAGAUGCUGUAUUCCUACAAGCAAAAAUAUUGAUCCCCUUUUGUUUUUAAUAAUUUAUAGAAAUGUUGAAUCAGCACCAUUUAUUGCUCACUACUUUUAUUUUGCCUCCUCCUCCUUGAGGCCUUUAAUUAUUGAAUUUUACAGUAUUGCUUGCCCAAAUAAAUGUAGAUAGAAACCAUUUUAUUGGCUGUCGAACCUCAACACUGAAUGUGAAUAAAAUGAGGGCUUUAUUUUUUAAAAACUGUCCAACACUGAAAAAAUAUAGCAGUGAACUGUUCAUUUCUUUUUAUUGUACUGUAACUUAACCCCAAAAUACACUUUUAUUUUAUUAUUUGCGUUACGCAGUGACUUGUUCCACCAGCCUGUUGGGUGAGUAAGAAAAAAUCGUACAUUUGCACAGUACCUUGACCUCUGGUUGGAUCAUUCCCCAAAUUGGUAGCUAGAUUUAGCUUUACCAGCAAUUCCAAACCCCUUAAUUUCAGUGUCACAACACUGAGCAUAUGAGAUCAGCAGUGUGGAGAAAAAGGGUUAAGGUGAAUUGUCCCUUCCUGUUGUAGUAAAUCAGUUAAUUACAUAGAGGCACAUAGCUCUUUGUAACAGUGUCUUUGAGAAACCUAGAUUGAAGAGAAAAUUGCUUCACAGAGCUGUCCUUUUUAUAUUACUUUUGCAAAGUUAGAUACAUGUAUAGCUUAUUCAGAUGCUUUUUCAUGCUUCAAUUAUUUUGAAGUCUAGUUCACACCCAAAACUUGAGACCUAGAGGAGUUGGGAUUAGUUCAUUGUAGACAUGUAUAGGAGUAUACUGCAUAUUGUAUGAGGCCUAAAUUAUAUAAAAUAUCUACUGUUCGGCAGAUGCAUAUAAAUUCAUACUUGGAAUAGUUUCGUUAUGCACCAUAGUGUCUGUUUGGGUCAGUGAGUAGUAUUUUUUUUUUUACAUGGCUGAAAACUGUUGACAGAACUACAUUGUGGCACAGAGCUAAACUUUAUGGCAGUAUACCGACUUUGUGGCAGACAGAAAUUGUUAAAUCUACAAAAAUGGGGGAAACUGCUUCCUAAAUAAUUCAUUAUAUGUUUUCUACUUCUCUGGUUUUAUUUACAGAAAAUGCUACCUUGAGAAAGCUUCAUUUUGUGAGUUUUAUAGAAUAUGCUGAACAAAGCCAUAGUUAAUUGGAUAAUUAAUUAAUUAGAUCAGUGUCCCAGGAUUGUUCCCUAUUUUCAAGGGCUUGGAAGAAUAUUUAUUUUGGAGUAGGAAAGCAUUAAAUUGUAAUCUGAGCUGUUGAUCACUUGCAAAUUUCUUGAAGUAUUAAAGUGUUUUACUUUAUAAGGAUAAUUUCAGCAAGAAGUAGUCAAUGGGCAUUAUUCACCAAUUGGUGGCACUGAAAGAAAUAUUGCAGCAGUGUUGAGUGGUUUGUCACACUCCCGACAUUACUGGGCUGCAGUUUCCAUUGCCCAAGCUGUGUCGCCAGUGUGGAGGAUGAUGGGAAUUUUAGUCUAACAUUUGGAAGAUCACACUUUUCCUGUCCCCUCUUUACAGGAUUUCUUUAUAAAUAUUAAUCCCAACAGGUUUAACUAAUUCACAAUGGAGCAUCUCCUUCCUCCUUUCUUUUCUACUUUCUGCUUUAUGUUAAUUGCUAUAAAACUAUGAAUAAUAAGCAAAAUGUAUACAGAACCCCUCUGGUGCUUAUGUUGAUGAUGCUUAUUUAGGUUUGUUAUAGUAGACUGCAGUGGUGACACAGCCUCCACAAUAUUUUGUUUAACAUCAGGUGGAAUUGUGAAUCUUACAUGCAUGGUACUUCUUCUC